CCCGCCCCGGAGCUGGGCUGCGGGGGCUGCCGGGAAGGGAGCGCCGCGCUGCGCCUCGGCCUUGCCGCGGAGCCGGUGCCGCUGCUGGCGGCCCUCGCGCGCUCGCUCCGUCCCCUCAGGGCUCCGAGCAGCCGCCGCCAUGUCGGGAGGCAGCAGCGCCGGGGAGUGGUGCCUGAUGGAGAGCGACCCCGGCGUCUUCACCGAGCUCAUCAAGGGCUUCGGUUGUAGAGGAGCACAAGUUGAAGAAAUUUGGAGCUUGGAGCCAGAAAAUUUUGAAAAACUGAAGCCAGUACACGGGCUCAUUUUCCUAUUCAAGUGGCAGCCUGGAGAGGAACCAGCAGGUUCUGUUGUUCAGGAUUCCAGACUGGAUACAAUAUUUUUUGCUAAACAGGUAAUAAAUAAUGCUUGUGCUACUCAAGCCAUAGUGAGUGUGCUAUUAAAUUGCGCUCAUCAAGACAUCCAUCUAGGAGAGACUUUGUCAGAAUUUAAAGAAUUUUCACAAAGUUUUGAUGCUGCGAUGAAAGGUUUGGCACUAAGCAACUCAGAAGUGAUUCGGCAAGUGCACAACAGUUUUGCCAGACAACAGAUGUUUGAAUUUGAUGCAAAGUCUUCAGCAAAAGAAGAAGAUGCGUUUCACUUUGUAAGCUAUGUUCCUGUUAAUGGACGGCUAUAUGAACUAGAUGGAUUAAGGGAAGGACCAAUUGAUUUAGGUGCGUGCAAUCAAGAUGACUGGAUAAGUGCUGUACGGCCUGUCAUAGAGAAACGUAUACAAAAAUACAGUGAAGGCGAGAUAAGGUUUAAUUUGAUGGCUAUUGUGUCUGACAGAAAGAUGAUAUAUGAACAGAGAAUUGCAGAAUUACAGCGGCAACUUGCAGAGGAGGAGCCUAUGGAUACAGAUCAAAGCAGUAACAUGUUAAGUUCUAUACAGUCAGAGGUUGCAAAAUACCAGAUGUUAAUUGAAGAAGAAAACCAAAAAUUAAAAAGAUAUAAGAUUGAAAAUAUUAGAAGAAAACAUAACUACUUACCUUUCAUCAUGGAAUUAUUGAAGACUUUAGCAGAACACCAACAGUUAAUACCAUUAGUAGAAAAAGCGAAAGAAAAACAGAAUGCCAAGAAAGUUCAGGAGGCCAAGUGAAGAUGACUGCACAAUACAUAUAAUUAUGUGCUUCUGAAACUAUUUUCAUGACAACAAAUAAAACUUUUCAUAAACUCUAAAUUUUGUCCAGCGCACGUUUGACAAUUGUUACAGUUUGUCUUGUACUGUAUGCACGGGUCAAUUUUUUUUCCUCCCCUUGCAUCAUGUGCAUGUAGGGCUACUAAGUAAUGUUUAGGUUCUCUUCAUCAAACUCAGUAUUUAAAAGUCUGAUUUCUGAAAGCUUGAGAAGUGAGCCUAAAACGCAUAAGGAAAAUGUACCCAUUUUGUCCCACGUAAGUUUAUGAUGAUGCGAAUGCCGGAAUUUAAGCAUAAGCAUGAGCUUCCUUUGCUCAUCCCUACUAACAGUUGUUCUGAGCUCAUCCCAACUAUCCAGAUGUUCAGCGACAUGCCCUGUGUCUUUGUUUCUAAGAAGUCCAUGUCUAAUUUUUUUACAAAGUUGAAAAUUAUGAAUUCAGCUGUAGAAACAUUUGCAAAGACCGAUGUAUAAUCUCAAAAGAUCUGCAUUGCUUUAGUAGAAAAGAUAAUAAAUAUUCCCAUUUUUAUUUUGGCAAA